GCCCUGAAAGCAGGAAGCAGUACACACACAUGUGUUGAUGGACUGAAAUCACCACACUGUGGAAAGUGCCCAAGGAAGAGUUCGCAUACGACUCAUGAAGGCAUUGUAAUCAUGAUAACGCCGGCAUUUGAACUGAGUCAAGAUGCCAACUUCCUCACUGUGGUUAUUCGUGUACCCUACACAAGAACAUCUGAGUUUGACAUCUACAUUCAAGGAGAGGACUUAAAGUUCUACGCCAAGCCUUACUUUCUCAGGUUGACUCUACCUGGGAGAAUAGUAGAAGAUGGUCGGGAGAAGGCUUCAUUCGAUAUCGAUAAAGGUGUCUUCACAUUACAUGUCCCAAAAGAGACCGCCGGUCAGCACUUUGAGGGUCUGGAGAUGCUGACCAGUCUCCUGGCCCCUAAGGGAUCCAGAUCAGCCAAACCGCUGGUGGAGGACACGGAGGCAUGUGGUGGAGGAAGUGCUGAGGCAUCCGAGAAGGAAGAUGAAGAGGAAGAGUUUGAUUGGCAGAUAGAACAGGAGGCUUACACUGAAACGCCUGUGGAGACACUGAACGAAUACCACAAAUAUGGCUUUGGAAACCUCAGGUCUGGAGUCUUCAACAGACUGCAAGAGGAACUAAGUGAGGUGAUUGACGUGAAAGAUCCAGACAGCACUGCUCCUAAAGUCAGGAGACAGAAUAGACUAGAUGCAGAAACCACAAUAUUUUGUACUGACCACUACUUGGCAAACAUGUUUGAAGAUGAGGAGGUCAUCAAAACAAUGCUGAAGUUUAAGCCGUGGUGGAGACAACUGAGCCAAUUAGGACACUCCGAUACCUCAGUAACCUUUACAGAGGAGGAAAAGGAGCAGAUGAGGAAAUUCACAAACCGUUCAUACUUGUUGGAGAAAAAAGCAUCCUUCCAUGUGUGGCUUAGUUUGGUUGACAUCAUACUUGCAUAUGUCUAUGAUGUGCACACUACAGAGGGAGAGCACAACGUAGAGUCUGCCUGGACCAUCAGGAAGCUUAGCGGCACUCUCAGCUGGCUGGAGACUUAUCACUCAGUACAAGACGUGCUGGUGUCUUUCGGCAGGAGGGCUUUGUGUUACCCGCUCUAUCGCCAUUUCUCUCUGAUCACAAGUGCAGUGAAAGAUGUAGCUUGCAUUUUCCAGUCUGGGAAGGCUUGCGUUCUUAAAUGUCUUCUGGCCAUCCAUAAGAUCUUCAGAGAGAACGAUCCGGCCUAUAUCCUCAAUGACCUCUACAUUACAGACUACUGCGUCUGGAUCCAGAGGGUCAAAUCCAAGCAUGUUGUCGCCCUAGCUGAGCCACUACGUAAUUCCAAACUGCGGAAAAGCCAUCUAGAACUAGAGCUAGGGAUCCUUGAACAAGCUGCUGAACUUGUGGUGAAAGAGGAAGAAGAUGACUCAAACAGUGAUAAUGACUCUGAAGAAGAGAGUGAAGACAGUGAGGAGGAGCAGACAGACAUUAGCACCGUCUCUGAACAUGGAGAAAGAACAGAAAACAACCAAACGAGGGUCAGACCUCUUGAACUCCAGGUCAGCUGUGAGGUUCUGAAGAAAGAUGCUGUGACUGCAGCCUCCCCCCUCCCUGUGGAGCACCAGCAUGAAUGUGGGGAGCAGCACGAGCCCAAACGGCUGAUUGAGGAGCUUGGAGUAAGACUGGAGGAGGGGCUGAGGAUCAAGGAGGAUGUGCCUCAGGCGAGACAUGCUGUUAGUGGCAGUAACACUGAGGGGGAGAGAAAGAGAGGAGACGACUACCAUCAGUUUGCAGCUGUGGUGGAGCGAGACGCCACAAAUACAGCAACCAGUAGAGAGCUACUUGAUCCCUGCCUAAAGAGGAAUCCAGUACGGAUCAUAUCCACUGAAGAACUGGACAGUGAUGAUGAUGAUGAUGAUGAUGGGGAAACACUUCUUACAAUGGCAAAAGGAGGAUCUUAAUGGGGAAUAUUAUUACUUGGCACUAGGACUAAUGGAUGUAACCUCAAAUCUGUCAAAGAGUUUUUUCAUGGAUUUAUAUUUUAUAUAUUGAGUUUUAUUUGUGUCAUUUUCAGAAUUGUUGUUUUACAAAAGCGUUGCAGUUAAAAAUAAGAUCUUUUUCUGUUGCUUGUACAUGUUUGAGUAACUCUGGAUAGUGUUAAAAUAAAUA